UUGAUUUCCAAAAAUGGAUCCGAUCCAAAUUGAAGGAGUUGUUUGCCUCCGAACCAGAACCCAAGGGAUCCAAUGGCGUCUGUUUGAUACUUGAUAGCCACCCGGCAAAACAAUGCGUCACGUCUUCGAUUAUGAUGUGCGUGUGAGAGAGAUGUGAUUUAAUGUGAACAGACAAGAAGAGAAGAGAGGAGAAGCCCAUACUUUUAUAAAAUCUGUUUAUAGGUGACGACACAAUGGAUCCUGACCCAUCUACUCAACCUCCUGUUGUUGAAUCUUCUAACAAAGACUCUCGUAAUCUUGAACAACAUUCUAUGUCUGCGGCCACCCGAAAUCAUAGUUCGAGUUCGAAUUCGGAGACUGAAGGUUUUGGAAUUUCUGCAUUUUCUCGUUUUACCAGUGGCUUUGGAUUGCUGCUUCCUAAUACCGAGGAGAGCAGUCAAGGCAACGCAACAUCUACGCAAAGCGGUGUUUUUGAAUCAUUCACUAAAGGAUUGGUUGAUUCGUCUCGAAAUGCUGUGAAGGCCAUGCAGGUAAAGGCGCGGCAUGUUGUUUCUCAAAAUAAACGGAGAUACCAGGAGGGAGGAUUCGAUUUGGAUAUGGCUUAUAUCACUGAGAACAUAAUUGCUAUGGGUUUUCCUGCUGGUGAUAUAAGCUCUGGACUUUUUGGAUUCUUUGAGGGAUUCUAUCGAAAUCACAUGGAAGAAGUGAUAAAGUUUUUUGAGAUCCAUCAUAAGGGAAAGUACAAGGUAUACAAUCUUUGUUCAGAGAGAUUGUAUGAUGCAUCACGAUUUGGAGGAAAGGUAGCGUGCUUCCCAUUUGAUGACCAUAGUUGCCCUCCUCUUCAACUAAUAACAUCAUUUUGUCAAAGUGCUUACUCCUGGUUGAAAGAAGACAUUCAAAAUGUGGUGGUUGUUCAUUGUAAAGCUGGAAUGGGCAGGACUGGUUUAAUGAUAUGUAGCCUUCUCCUUUUCCUUAAGUUCUUCCCAACUGCUGAGGAGGCCAUCGAUUACUUCAACCAGAAAAGAUGUGUGGAUGGGAAGGCUCUAGUUCUUCCAAGUCAGAUUAGGUAUGUCAAAUACUUUGAGCGGAUCUUAACAUAUUUCAAUGGAGAAAAUCAGCCCGAACGAAGGUGCAUGCUUAGGGGAUUCCGGCUUCACCAAUGUCCGUAUUGGAUAAGGCCCUCUAUUACUAUCUCUAACAACAGUGGGGUUCUGUUCUCAACCAGAAAGCAUCCAAAAACCAAGGAUUUAAUGCCAGAAGAUUUCUGGAUCCGUGCACCUAAGAAAAAGAUGGUAGUUUUUGCUCUACCAAUGGAGCUAGGUCUAACAGAGCUGGCCGGGGACUUUAAGAUCCAUUUUCAUGAUCGCCAUGGAGAUUUCUACUGUUGGUUAAAUACUACAAUGACAGAGAAUAGAAAAAUUUUAAAUGGCUCUGAUCUUGAUGGUUUUGACAAGAGAAAACUGCCUUCUCCAGGUUUCCAGGUUGAAGUUGUGAUGAUAGACUAUGAUGGAACUUUACCUGCAAGGUCUGAAGUUGAUUCGGCCAGCAAGGGAUCUGAUGUUACUAGCUCAGUUCAUGUUGCAGCCACAGAUGGUGGAGUUGCAGGCCAUUCCAACAGAAGUGACAUAGCUGAGAAUGAUGAUGUAUUCUCAGACAGUGAGGGAGAGGAAACUGGGGUUUCAAAGAGCAGGCAAGCUCAUGCCGCUUCUGGAAUUGGACUUGCUCAUCCCGAUCAUGCAUCUAACACCACAACAGAACAAAUGAGGAACUUAACACAAGGAGCUGAGCAACUGUCACUCAGAAGUCAUGAACCUUCACAGAUAAAUGCUUCCGAUGAACCAACCGCCAGCGGGGCUGGAAACCCUGCCCCUGGCAUCGAGAUCCGUCACCUGGACUCUGGAGGAGCCAGUGACAUCAAAGCAAUUGCUGCUGAUGCAUCUGUUUUCACUUUCGGAGAUGAAGACUAUGAAAGUGAGUGAUGCGUUGUAAGGUUUACCCCACAUGUGAGUAAAUUGUGAGGAUCUGCAAAUUCGCAAGUUAGACAAGUAUAUUGAAUUCAUUGUUUUCGUUCCCUUAAUUUUUUAUGUCAUUAACCCUGAAAGUUUGUACCAUUUUCCUUGCAGCAACAGCAUAUUGCCUCAAAUCUCUCCUUUUGACUUCUGUUUCCAUUACUCAAUUAUGUUGAUGAAGGCUUUUGAUACUGCUUGACGAAUGCGUCAUGAAUUGGCCAAUGCAUAUUCAAGUCUUGAAGUUAAUCUAUUGAUUCAUGAUAAGGAAGUUUCUUCA